UUCAAUGCAAUCCUUUCCUGUGUUUGGCUGCUGUCACAGAAGAACUCCUCUGGCCUUACUGCCGCUGAGGAUGCUAUCAUCGUCUUCAUCAAACCCUAACCCUAACUCUACCUCAAGCUCAUUGUACUCUACCAUGAGUCUUAAUCCCGAUUCUUCACCAUCAUCUUCGACGAGAACCCCUAAUCUUCUUCCUCUAUUUACUAAUCCACAAACACCUCACAUCAACUGUAAAGGAAUCGAAGAAUCGGGAGAUACCGAGGAGCUUCAACUUGUGGUGGUGUCAUUUUACAAGUUUGCUGAUUUUCCGGACCAUGCCGAUUUGCGUAAGCCCUUGAAAGAGCUAUGCGAGAAGCUGUACAUUUCAGGUGGUAUCAUUCUUGCUCCAGAAGGAAUUAAUGGCAGUAUAUGUGGCAUCCGGAAAUCGGUUGAAAAAGUUCUUGACUUCAUUCAGUCUGAUGAUCGCUUAAAGGGUCUUCGACUAAUAGAGUCACCUGUAAGCCCUGAAGAAGAAGCCAUUCACCAUGGACACACAAGCAGUUCUCCACUUGCUGCAGGAGAAGAUGCUCCAUUCAGAUGGGACCAUGUGAGGGUGAAGCUUAAAAAGGAGAUAGUUUCCCUUGGAAUGCCGUCGGUAUCUCCUAAUGAAAGAGUUGGGAAAUAUGUCAGCCCAAAUGAGUGGAAUUUAUUGAUCAGUGAUCCAGAUACAGUUGUCAUUGAUGUUCGUAAUGACUAUGAAACCAGAAUUGGCACGUUUAAAGGGGCAGUUGAUCCACGUACCACAGCUUUCAGGGAGUUCCCAGGUUGGGUGGAUGAUCAAUUUCAACUUUCUCUACCAGAUGUCCAAGUGGAAUGCAGAGAUUCAUCUGAUGAAGCUGAAAAAUAUAACGAGGAGGGACGGAAAUCUCCACCUCGUGUUGCAAUGUAUUGUACAGGUGGAAUUCGGUGUGAAAAAGCUUCAAGCUUCCUUCUCAGCAAAGGGUUUAAAGAGGUGUAUCAUUUACAAGGUGGGAUACUUAAAUACCUCGAGGAAAUCCCGAAAACAGAGUCUCUUUGGGAGGGGGAGUGCUUUGUGUUUGACAAGCGAGUCUCGGUCAAACACGGGUUGGUGCCGGGAAACUUCAAACUUUGCUAUGGCUGCAAGAAACCGGUGAGUGAUGCUGACAUGGAAUCACCCGAGUGGGAAUACGGUGUUUCGUGUCCAUACUGUUAUGCUUCAAAGUCCGAGGAAGAGAAGGAGAGGGCUAGAGCACGUCAAAGGCAGUUUGAAGCUUGGGGCGUGAUCGGUGGGCCCGACAAAGGUCGCCGGCCACCAAAAACGACAGAUGCUAACAACUGGAGUGACUCCCAAAUUGCCAAGAAAGAUUAAGAUUCUAUUUCUUUCCGAUGCUUAAUCUUUAUUAGAGACUAUAAAUGUACCUUUUUGUUCAACGGUUGUUUUUAAGUGGCGAAUGUGGUCGGAUCUUGAGGAUAGUUUCAUUUUAGUUUACGUCGUGAAUCUGCUGACGUUUGAUUCGUUUUACAUC